AUGGAUCGAGCGCAAGACACAGUCGAUGUUGUUAUGUGGCGUCCCGACUCAAGAAAAAAGACAAAAAUUGAAGAAUUCCGACAGAAAGUCAACUGUGAACACCACCUGAAUUUGGAGAACUAUGCUGAACUAUGGCAGUGGUCGGUUAACCAUUAUGAUGACUUUUGGGAAGCUGUCUGGAAAUUCACUGACAUUGUUUAUUCUGAACCUUAUGAGAAGGUUGUCGAUACUAAUAUAAACAUAAGCGAUAUUCCAGAAUGGUUUGCUGGAAGUCAGUUGAAUUACGCUGAGAAUAUGCUGCGAUAUGACGACAACAAGGUUGCAAUCUAUGCAGCUGCUGAAGGAAAGGAGGAAGUUGAAAAGUUGACAUUCCAUGAGCUGCGGCAAACGGUGGCGCAGUAUGCUGCAGCUCUUAAAAAGAUUGGUGUGAAAAAAGGAGACAGAGUUGUUGGGUACAUUCCAAACUGUGUUGUUGCAGCCGUUGCUGUCAUAGCAACAGCAAGUAUUGGUGCAAUAUGGAGUUCUACUUCCCCUGACUUUGGAGUUUCGGGUGUCUUGGAUCGGUUUACACAAAUCAAACCAAAAGUAAUAUUUUCUGUUGAUGGCGUUGUGUAUAAUGGUAAAUCUCACAAUCAUUUAGACAAAUUGAAACAAGUUGUUCAAGGACUUCCUGAUCUAGAGAAAGCUGUUGUUAUACCCUAUGUUAAUAAAAAGAAUAACUUAGAUAUAUCGAUAUUUCAAAAAGGUAGUGUUUUCCUGGAUGAUUUCUUAGACAGCGGUUUGACAGAAGAUGGACAGGUGCCUCCGUUGGAAUUUCUGCAGUUGCCUUUCAAUCAUCCUCUAUAUAUCAUGUAUUCCUCAGGCACCACUGGACCCCCUAAGUGCAUGGUACAUUCUGCUGGGGGUACACUUAUAAAACAUCUAGAGGAGCAUGUGUUGCAAGGUUGUAUGACGAGGGAUGAUAUUCUCAUGUAUUAUACUACAACAGGUUGGAUGAUGUAUAAUUGGAUGUUAACAGCUUUAGCUGUUGGUUCUACUAUAGUCUUGUAUGAUGGUUCACCGCUGGUGCCAACACCGGAUGUACUGUGGGACCUCAUUGAUCAGCUAGGGGUAACAAUUCUGGGUACAGGCGCUAAGUGGCUGUCAGUUUUAGAAGACAAAGGCGUGCAUCCGGCGGAAACUCACAGCCUGAAAACUUUGAAUUGUAUUUUAUCAACUGGAUCACCAUUGAAGCCGACCAGCUUUGAAUAUGUUUACAAACACGUCAAGAAGGACAUAAUAUUGGGAUCUAUCACUGGUGGUACAGAUAUCAUUGGUUGCUUUGCCGGUGAGUCGUGGAUGUUGCCGGUCUACAAAGGAGAGAUACAGGGACCAUUUUUAGGCAUGGCCAUAGAAAGCUGGGAUGACUCUGGGAAAGCAAUAUAUGAUGAAAGUGGUGAAUUAGUAUGUACAAAACCGUUUCCAUCCAUGCCAACUCAUUUCUGGAAUGAUUCUGAGGGUACUAAGUAUCAUAAAGCUUAUUUCAAUAAAUAUGAAGGUGUAUGGGCACAUGGUGAUUUCUGUCUAAUAAGUUCAAGGACUGGUGGCAUUCUAAUGCUGGGCAGAAGUGAUGGUACUCUGAAUCCUAAUGGCGUUAGAUUUGGCAGUGCUGAACUCUAUAAUAUUGUUGAAAGCUUUAAAGAAAUACAAGAUAGUUUAGCUGUUCCACAAAACAACAAAAAUGGAGAUGAAAGAGUUGUUCUCUUUCUGAAGAUGGAGUCAGACUAUGAAUGCAAUGAUGAACUUGUAAAGAGUUUGAAGAGUACCAUCAGAACCAGGUUAUCUGCCAGGCAUGUUCCUGCCAUUAUAAGAAAAAUAGACGACAUUCCGUAUACGAUUAGCGGCAAAAAAGUGGAGGUAGCUGUGAAACGAGUGAUAUCUGGUGAGGAUGUCAAAGUUCGUGGAGCGUUUUCCAACCCAGACUCACUAGAUUUGUACUGUAACCUUCCUGAACUACAGGGAUAUUGAAAUACCAAUUGUCG